UCGGGGGUUGGACUUCCCGGGUCGGACGCUGCUGUCGCCUCCAUUGUGAGCCGGGAGCCUCGGCUGAGCCGCUGCUUCUCACCAGCGGGGUGUGUGCGGGGAGAGCCCUUCCCCAGCGCCCCUCUGUGCCCAGCUGGGGGGACUCUCUGCGGGGGCAGCUCCGGGCGCUGCCGACACUAGCCCCUGAGCCGGAGCCUGCAGCAAAGUUUAACCUUUCCCUGCUGCUAGCAAAGUUUGACCUUUCCCUGUUGUGGGUAGCACAGACCUACAGAUAUAUACACACGUGAUGGGAUGGUGAAUGAGAAUGAGGAGGAGAAAUCUCAGCAGGAAGGUGCUGAGCCAGUGGAACUGCAUGGGAUAGUAUUGGGAAGAGUUGAAGGGGAUGUUUCCCAGAGCCCUGAGCAGGAAGAAGCCUUUGAGAGUCAGCUCAGGCCAGAGAGGGCACAUGGAAACCAGCCAGAGGAGAGACUGGCUAAAUCUACUCGUGGGAAAAGAGGGGACAAGAAUGUCCAUGACGCUGUCCAACAAAGAAACUCAACUGAGCAGAGAUCUCUCGCCUGUGGUAAAUGUGGGCAAAGCUUCCCCUGCAGCUCCGCCCUCAGCCUGCACCAGAGGAGUCACAACAGUGCCAGAGAGAAACCCUACAAAUGUGAGGAGUGUGGGAAAAGGUUCAGCCGGAGCUUAAACCUCAUCAUUCACCAGAGAGUGCACACGGGAGAGAGACCCUACAAAUGCCCCGACUGCACGAAAUGUUUCAAGAACAGCUCUGGGUUCCUGAGGCACCAACUAGCCCACACGGGCGAUAAGCCCUUCAUCUGCCCAGACUGCGGGAAAUGCUUUAAUCGGAGCUCCACCCUCGUCACACAUCAGAGGACCCACACGGGGCAACAGCCCUACAAGUGCACUCACUGCGGGAAAGCCUUCAGCCAGAGUUCCAACCUGAUCAGACACCAGAGAACCCAUGGGGGAGAGCGCCCCUACCCAUGUCCCGACUGUGGGAAGAGCUUCACCCAGAGCUCCAACCUCAUGACCCACCAGAGAAUCCACACGGGGGAGAGACCCUACAAAUGCACCGAGUGCGGGAAAGGCUUCGUUCAGAUUGCAAGCCUUCUUUCCCACGAACGAACCCACAUGGAGGGGAAACCCCACGAGUGUCCUGACUGCGGGAAAAGGUUCCGCUAUGGCUCCAGCCUGACUUCCCAUCAGAGAACUCACACAGAGGAGAAUCCCUAUAAAUGUCCCGACUGUGGGAAAAGCUUCCCUCAGAGCUCAAACCUCAGCAGGCACCAGCGAAUCCACACAGGAGAGAAACCUUAUGAGUGUCCUGUGUGCGGGAGAAGCUUCAUUCAGAAAUCAAACCUGUUCGCUCACCAGAGAACCCACUUAGUAGACAAACCUUCCAAGUCCCCUCUCAAAUGAGGGCUAGGCCUCUGUCAGAGUCCAGGUGUUACUGCAGAAGGGAGUUAGGGCUCAUUCACAGCCUUUUAACUUACAGGGUGAUGUUAGCCUGGUUUAAUAGGCUGUGUGAACACGCUAUAAUCCAGGCUUAUUUUGGUUUAGCCUAAAUUGAUUAAGUCAGGUCUCUACAGACAAAAAAUUGCCCCAGUCUAAGGGCCUCUCUGAGCAGGGAUGUUAUUCCAGAAUAAGGGAGAGUGUGAAUUUGAAGUGCUACAGAUAUCCCUAAUGACACCGCAUAUGGACACUCUCGUAUUGAGAUUUAGGGUCCAUGUGGGGAGUUGUUCUAAAAUAGCAGUAGCCAGUCAGUUUCCCCAUGUAGACAAACCCUAAUUAAAGGUAGGAUUAUAAACUGAUUUAUCUUAACAGGCACAGCUGUAUGUGUGAUGCUCAUAUAAUUUCCAGCCUUCCUUGGCUUGGUUUAUCUUGAGGUAAUGUUAAUUAGACCUUUGUGAGUUUGUGUAUGGAUAAGGACUUUGCUGGAGCACUGACCUCCACUCCUAUCAAAGGCGUGAACUUUGGGGAUUAAAAAUUAAAAAGGAAAUGGGCGGAAAAAGUCAUUCACAGUAGGUAGAAGAUAAACAGUUACAUGAUUGAAUCAAGCAGAAGCUACAAACUAAUUGUAGGCAAUGGAAUAGGAAGAUGUGAAAGAAACAAACAGGAGCCGACAAAUCUACUUUGUCAUUUACUCCUUCCUUCCUAUGUUGUGAUGUAGCUAGCCCAGUGACCACAUCAUAGAAUCAUAGAAUAUCAGGGUUGGAAGGGACCUCAGGAGGUCGUCUAAUCAAACCCGCUGCUCAAAG